UAGACGGCCUAAGCACUACACCUAAACAUAACUCAUACAGUAAAAACAAAGAGAAGGUGAUAUGGCUUCCUCAAUGCUCUCUUCAGCUACAAUUGUCUCUUCUCUCGCUCAGGCCACAAUGGUCGCACCAUUCACCGGACUUAAGUCCUCUGCUGCUUUCCCAGUGAUCCGCAAGGCCAGCAUCGAUAUUACUUCGAUCACAAACAACGGUGGAAGAGUUAACUGCAUGAAGGUGUGGUCUCCUAUUGGCAAUAAGAAGUUUGAGACUUUGUCUUACCUUCCUGACCUUACCGAUGAUAAACUGGCUAAAGAAAUUGACUACCUUAUCCGCAACAAGUGGACUCCAUGUGUUGAAUUCGAGUUGGAGCACGCUUUUGUAUACCGUGAGCAUGGAAACAUCCCUGGGUACUAUGAUGGACGUUACUGGACAAUGUGGAAGCUUCCUUUGUUCGGGUGCACUGAUUCAGCUCAAGUGUUGAAGGAAGUGCAAGAAUGCAAAAAGGAGUACCCCAACGCCUUCAUUAGGAUCAUAGGAUUCGACAACAACCGUCAAGCCCAGUGCAUCAGUUUCAUCGCCUACAAGCCACCCAACUUAACUGGUGCUUAA